CCACAUCCUCAUGAGUUGUGUACAGCUCCCUGAGACAAGUACCAAUGUGUGGUGUCAUCCUGCGUAGAACCUCCCUGCUGAAGAUCAUGCCUGGUCCACCCAUGCAGAAGUUCUCCCCAGGCUCAAGAGCUAGUCUGCCCAAUUCCUCUGCCAUGCCAAGGCCAGUCUGUCCAAGGUAAAGAGGCUUACUGCUGUUCAGAGAACGCAGAAACAACUCCAGCUUCUCACCUACAGAGGGUGAAGGAAAGAUCCUCGGUCGACUCUUUUCCCAUCCGAGGGAGUCCCGUUUUGCAACAAGGAUUUGUUUAUUCGUUACGCCGCCAUCGGACUCAUGAGACAGGACAUGAUUGAGAGUCUUCCAUAGAUAAGGUUCAGUCGUGAGUGAGAUGGCCGCGCCGCUGCUGUGCCACGGGAGAGUCUCGUUGGCUGUGGCCUUCUUUUUCCUGCCUUGCAUCACUUCCUCCCUUAACCUGGAAGAUCCAAAUGUCUGCAGCCACUGGGAGAGAUAUUCGGUGACAGUGCAAGAAUCCUACGCCCAUCCUUUUGAUCAGAUCUAUUACACCAGCUGCACAGACAUCCUCAACUGGUUCAAGUGCACCAGACACAGGGUAAGCUACCGGACCGCGUACCGCAGAGGAGAGAAGACUAUGUACCGAAGGAAAUCCCAGUGCUGUCCAGGCUUCUUUGAAAACGGCGAAAUUUGUGUUCCUCAUUGUACCGAGAGCUGCGUUCAUGGCCGUUGCAUAGCCCCCAACACCUGCCAGUGUGAGCCCGGAUGGGGGGGGUCCAAUUGCUCCAGCGCUUGUGACAGUGGCCUCUGGGGUCCCCACUGCAGUAACAGAUGCCGAUGCCAGAACAAAGCUCUGUGUAACCCCAUCACCGGGGCCUGUAUCUGCACUCCUGGAUACAGAGGUUGGCGUUGUGAAGAAGUGUGUGAGGUGGGCACCUACGGUACUGGAUGUCAGCAGAAAUGCCAGUGCCAAAAUGGGGCUACUUGUCACCACGUGACUGGAGAAUGCAAGUGCUCACCGGGAUACACUGGAGCUUUUUGUGAGGAUGCAUGUCCCCCAGGUAAACACGGACAGCAGUGCGAAGAGCGGUGUCCCUGCCAGAACGGCGGCAUAUGUCACCACGUGACCGGAGAGUGCGCUUGUCCGGCAGGAUGGAUGGGUACAGUAUGUGGACAGCCAUGUCCAGAGGGGACAUUUGGCCCAAACUGUUCCCAAGAAUGCCAAUGUCACAACAAUGCCUUAUGUAGUUCAUCCACUGGACAGUGUCUCUGCAGCCCUGGAUACACGGGAGAACGGUGUCAGGAUGAAUGUCCAGUCGGUACUUAUGGUGCUGGCUGUUCAAAGAGAUGUCGCUGUAAGAACAACAGCAAAUGCUACCACAGCUACGGAAACUGCUUGUGUGAGCCAGGCUUCACAGGCGAGACGUGUGAUGUCCGACUAUGUCCCAAAGGAAACUAUGGCCUACUGUGUGACAGGAAGUGUCCAUGUUAUGCCCGCAAUACACAGAGCUGCCAUCCAAUGUCAGGGGAGUGUACAUGUCUGUCUGGUUGGUCUGGCCUCUACUGCAAUGAGACGUGCACGCCAGGAUUCCAUGGCGAGUCCUGCCAGCAGGUGUGCCAGUGCCAGAAUGGUGCAGACUGCCACAGUGUAACAGGAAAAUGUGUUUGUGCUCCAGGCUUCACGGGUUUAGACUGUUCAAUUCCGUGCCCAGCAGAAUCUCAUGGAGCGAAUUGCUCCUCCACCUGUAACUGUAAGAAUGGAGCUCAGUGUUCACCUGUGGAUGGGUCCUGCUUCUGUAAACCAGGGUGGCACGGAGUGGACUGUUCCAUCAACUGCCCCAGUGGUACAUGGGGUCUUGGCUGUAACAUGACCUGUCUUUGUGGGAAUGAAGGCGCUUGUGAUGCUGUGACUGGUCGCUGUACUUGUGCCGUGGGUUGGAGAGGAAAGAAGUGUGACCUACAAUGCCAGGACGGUACCUACGGUCUUGACUGCAAAGAGCUCUGCGACUGUAGCCAUGCUGAGGCAUGCCAUCACGCCACUGGGUACUGCCACUGCCUGGCUGGAUGGACUGGUAUCCACUGUGACAGUGUGUGUGCAGAGGGCCGCUGGGGCCCCAACUGCUCCCUAGCCUGUAACUGCAAGAACGGAGCAUCUUGCUCCCCUGAUGAAGGAACAUGUGAGUGUGCACCAGGAUACAGAGGCAGCACCUGUCAGAGGAUAUGCUCUCCAGGUUACUUUGGUCACCGCUGUAGUCAGACAUGUCCCAAGUGUGUCCACAGUAAUGGACCGUGCCACCAUGUCGGUGGACAGUGCGACUGUCUGCCAGGCUUUAAGGGGGGCCUUUGCAAUGAGGUGUGUCCCAGUGGUUACUACGGGAAGAAGUGUACCUUGAGCUGCAGCUGCACCAACAACGGCACCUGUAACCCUAUUGAUGGCUCCUGUCAGUGUUUCCCAGGAUGGAUCGGCAGUGACUGCUCUCAGCCAUGUCCUCCUGCUCAUUGGGGGCCCAACUGCAUCCACACAUGUAACUGUCACAACGGAGCACACUGCAGUGCCUAUGAUGGGGAAUGCAAGUGCACCCCAGGAUGGACCGGCCUUUACUGCACACAACGUUGUCCUUUAGGGUUUUAUGGGAAGGAUUGUUCUCAGUCAUGCCAGUGCAGGAACGGAGCAGACUGUGAUCACAUCUCUGGUCAAUGCACCUGCCGCACUGGCUUCAUGGGUCAACACUGUGAACAAAAGUGUCCUCCUGGUUCAUAUGGUUACGGAUGCCGGCAAGUGUGUGACUGUCUAAAUAACUCCACCUGUGAUCACAUCACUGGCACAUGCUACUGUAACAAUGGCUGGAAGGGAGCACGCUGUGACCAAGCCGGUGUUGUCAUUGACAGCCUCAACACUUUCACAAGUGCUGCAGUGCAGGUGGACACCUACCAAAUCGGAGCAAUUGCAGGAAUUAUUGUACUGGUGCUGCUUGUGCUCUUCCUCCUCCUCCUCUUCAUCAUCUACAGAAAGAAACAGAAAGGAAAAGAACCCCCCAUGCCAGCAGUGACUUACACUCCUGCCAUCAGGGUGACUACUGACUACACCAUCACAGAUGCUCAUCUACCAAGUGACGUUCACCCCAGUAACUACUUCUCCAACCCCAGCUACCAUACGCUGACCCAGUGCACCAGCCCGCAACAUAAUAACUCUCCAUACGGAAAAGCCAAGAAUAAAAUGUUUGUGAACUUAAAGAAUGUAGAAGAAAGAAAGAGAUAUCCUCUUGCUGAUGCCACUGGCACAUUGCCGGCAGGCUGGAAACAUAGGGACUGCUUCAAUGAACUGGGAGCUUAUGGAGUAGACAGAAGAUGCAUGGGAAAGUCUCUGCGAGACCUGGUGAAAGGCAUCCCGUAUCAUGGAAGCUCCAGCUCCCUGAACAGCUCUGAAAACCCAUAUGCCACUAUCAAAGACCCCCCAAUACUGACAACGAAAAACCCUGAAUGUGGCUAUGUGGAAAUGAAGUCACCCACCAGACGGGAUUCACCCUACGCUGAAAUCACUAGCAGCAGUAGUCUGAUCAAUAACAGGAAUGUCUAUGAAAUUGACCCAACCGCAAGCGCCAUUAACGGCACUGGAGAAAGUAAUGACUGCAUGCUGCCAGGCCAGGACCCAUACGAUCUACCCAAAAACAGCCAUAUCCCCUGUCACUACGAUGUGCUACCAACCCGAGAAAGUCCAACAUCAGAGCACAAGGAGCUGGAUAGUGACUGACAAGAGAGACUCACUGCAGAAAUAAGUUUUUCACCUGCACAACUGGAAGCAUCGAAAGUUUGCAUACCCUCUUCCAUUUUUGUGAUCUUGUGUUUUUAUACUUCACUUUUAUAACAGUUAUAAACAAAGUGGGUAUACAAAACGUCAUUUUUAAAGUUUGUAUUUUCAAUUUCAACUUAUUUUUUUGAACUGAUUCAAACUCAACGUAGAAUACAUCAUAUGUAGCAACUGAGAAUAUUUGGAAUAAUUCGGAUGUUCGCAGGCAGUAGUGAGCCAUUGGUUCGCACUUCUGCCUCACAGUCGAGAAGUUCCGGCUUACUCCAACAUUCCAAAAAGGUUCAUUCGGUGAUUCCUAACCAGCAUGCUAUGGCACACUAGAGUCCAGCGAGAGAGCAUGUAGAAAACUAUCCAAUUUCACAUUUGAGAUAAGAAUGAAUAUGUCCGAAUGUUGCAGUGUUGGAACUAUUGCAUGUCUUUACCGUUAUUACGAUUGUAUAAAGAAAAGAGUGGAAUGGGUUUAUUGCGUAGUUUGGAUCAUUUAUGCACGUGUAUCUGCAGUGUGUGAAGGGCAACAAAUGUAUUUUGUGAAACUCACACGAUUUUUAUAAAGUUGUUUGUGUCUUUACCGUUA